AUGUGCCACUUUCAGGUCUCCUCACACUGCUGGUGGGUUCCAUUUUGUCAUAGGGUGCUGGCAGAUUACAGGCCUCCCAUUGCUGCUGCCAGGCCCGUAAUCUGCCAUGGGCCCCUGUACCGCCUCCUCAUGCUGCUGCCAGGCCCGUAAUCUGCCAUGGGCCCCCGUACCGACUCCUCAUGCUGCUGCCAGGCCCGUAAUCUGUCAUGGGCCCCUGUACCGCCUCCUCAUGCUGCUGCCAGGUCCAGAGUGUGUCAUGGGUCCCUGUACGGCCUCCCAUUGCUGCUGUCUCCAUCGCCACACUCUGCCAUGUGCCACUUUCAGGUCUCCUCACACUGCUGGUGGGUUCCAUUUUUGUCAUAGGGUGCUGUAUGGCCUCCCAUUGCUGCUGCCUCCACCGCCACACUGUGGCUCCACACUCUGGUUUUGACCCCGUGACUGCCCAAAUGAGUGAAGUGUGCGGUGAUUCUAAGAUCGACGGCACUCAUCUGCAUGUCAUACUGACUGACAGUAUUAUUUCUCUUCCCCAGCAGACUCCAAGGGCAUUUAAAUUAAAGGUACAGUGUUCUGCACUAAUAUAA